ACCACAACUGCAGCACCUACUACGACAACUACAACACCUACUACGACAACCACAGCACCUACUACGACAACCACAACUGUACCUCCUUCGACAACCACAACUCCAACUACAACAACUGUAGCUCCAAUGACCCCCACAACUGCAGCACCUACAACUACAACUGAAGCUCCUACGAUAACCACGACUUCAGCGCCUACUACGACAACUACAAAACCUACAACGACAACCACAACUGUAGCUCCUACGACAACCACAACUGCAGCUCCAACUACAACAACAGUAUCUCCUACAACCACCACAACUGUAACACCUACUACGGCAACCACAACACCUACUACGACAACCACAACACCUACUACGACAACCACAACUGUACCUCCUACGACAACCACAACUACAACAACUGUAGCUCCUACGACCCCCACAACUGCAGCACCUACAACGACAACUGUAGCUCCUACAACCCCCACAACUGCAGCACCUACAACCACGACUUCAGCACCUACUACAACUACAACACCUACUAUGACAACCACAACACCUACUAUGACAACCACAACUGUAGCUCCUACGACAACCACAACUGCAGCUCCAACUACAACAACCGUAGCUCCUACGACCACCACAACUGCAGCACCUACUACGACAACCACAACCGAAGCUGCUACGACAACCACGACUUCAGCGCCUACUACAACACCUACAUUACCUACUACGACAACCACAACACCUACUACGACAACCACAACUCCAACUACCACAACUGUAGCUCCUACGACCCCCACAACUGCAGCACCUACAACGACAACUGUAGCUCCUACGACCACAACUGCAGCACCUACUUCAACAACUACAACUGAAGCUCCUACGAUAACCACAACUGCAGCACCUACAACGACAACUACAACUGAAGCUGCUACAACAACUGUAGCUCCUACGACCACCACAACUGCAGCACCUACUACGACAACUACAACACCUACUACGACAACCACAACUGUACCUCCUUCGACAACCACAACUCCAACUACAACAACUGUAGCUCCAAUGACCCCCACAACUGCAGCACCUACAACUACAACUGAAGCUCCUACGAUAACCACGACUUCAGCGCCUACUACGACAACUACAAAACCUACAACGACAACCACAACUGUAGCUCCUACGACAACCACAACUGCAGCUCCAACUACAACAACAGUAUCUCCUACAACCACCACAACUGUAACACCUACUACGGCAACCACAACACCUACUACGACAACCACAACACCUACUACGACAACCACAACUGUACCUCCUACGACAACCACAACUACAACAACUGUAGCUCCUACGACCCCCACAACUGCAGCACCUACAACGACAACUGUAGCUCCUACAACCCCCACAACUGCAGCACCUACAACCACGACUUCAGCACCUACUACAACUACAACACCUACUAUGACAACCACAACACCUACUAUGACAACCACAACUGUAGCUCCUACGACAACCACAACUGCAGCUCCAACUACAACAACCGUAGCUCCUACGACCACCACAACUGCAGCACCUACUACGACAACCACAACCGAAGCUGCUACGACAACCACGACUUCAGCGCCUACUACAACACCUACAUUACCUACUACGACAACCACAACACCUACUACGACAACCACAACUCCAACUACCACAACUACAACUGUAGCUCCUACGACCACAACUGCAGCACCUACUUCAACAACUACAACUGCAGCACCUACUACGACAACUACAACCGAAACUGCUACAACAACCACGACUUCAGCACCUACUCCGACAACAGUAGCUCCUAUGACCACCACAACUGCAUCACCUACUACGACAACCACAGCACCUACUAUGACAACCACAAGUGUAGCUCCUACGACAACCACAAAUGCAGCUCCAACUACAACAACUGUAGCUCCUAUGACCCCCACAACUGCAGCACCUACAACGACAACUGUAGCUCCUACGACCACAACUACACCACCUACUUCAACAACCGCUGCAACAACCGCUGCAGCUAAAAUAACUACAACUGAUACUCCUACAACCACAUCUGUAGCUCCUGUGACCACUACAACUGCAGCACCUACUUCAACAACUACAACUGAAGCUCCUACGAUAACCACAACUGCAGCACCUACUACGACAACUACAACCGAAGCUGCUACGACAACCACGACAUCAGCGCCUACGACAGCUACAACACCUACUACGACAACCACAACUGUACCUCCUACGACAACCACAACUGUACCUCCUACGACAACCACAACUGUACCUCCUACGACAACCACAACUGUACCUCCUACGACAACCACAACUGUACCUCCUACGACAACCACAACUGUAGCUCCUACUACGACAACUGUAGCUCCUACGACCACAACUGCAGCACCUACUUCAACAACCACAACCGAAGCUGCUACGACAACCACGACUUCAGCGCCUACUACGACAACUACAACACCUACAUUACCUACUACGACAACCACAACUGCAGCUCCAACUACAACAACUGUAGCUCCUACGACCACCACAACUGCAGCAACUACUACGACAACCACAACACCUACUCUGACAACCACAACACCUACUACGGCAACCACAACACCUACUACGACAACCACAACACCUACUACGACAACCACAACUGUACCUCCUACGACAACCACAACUGUACCUCCUACGACAACCACAACUGUACUUCCUACGACAACCACAACUGUACCUCCUACGGCAGCACCUACUACGACAACGACAACCGAAGCUGCUACGACAACCACGACUUCAGCGCCUACGACAGCUACAACACCUACUACGACAGCUACAACUGUACCUCCUACGACAACCACAACUGUACCUCCUACGACAACCACAACUGUACCUCCUACGACAACCACAACUGCAUCUCCAACUACAACAACUGUAGCUCCUACGACCCCCACAACUGCAGCACCUACAACGACAACUGUAGAUCCUACGACCACAACUGCAACACCUACUAUGACAACAACUGCAGCUCAAACUACAACUGUAGCUCCUACGACCCCCACAACUGCAGCACCUACAACGACAACUGUAGAUCCUACGACCACAACUGCAACACCUACUAUGACAACAACUGCAGCUCAAACUACAACUGUAGCUCCAACGACAACCACAACCGAAGCUGCUACUACAACCACGACUUCAGCGCCUACUACGACAACUACAACACCUACAUUACCUACUAUGACAACCACAACUGCAGCUCCAACUACAACAACUGUGGCUCCUACGACCACCACAACUGCAGCACCUACUACGACAACCACAACACCUACUCUGACAACCACAACACCUGCUACGGCAACCACAACACCUACUACGACAACCACAACACCUACUACGACAACCACAACUGUACCUCCUACGACAACCACAACUGCAGCUCCAACUACAACAACUGUACCUCCUACGACCCCCACCACUGCAGCACCUACAACAACUGUAGCUCCUACAACCACAACUGCAGCACCUACUACGACAACUGUAGCUCCUACGACCACAACUACACCACCUACUUCAACAACCGCUGCAGCAUCUGCUAAAAUAACUACAACUGAUACUCCUACAACCACAUCUGUAGCUCCUGUGACCACUACAACUGCAGCACCUACUUCAACAACUACAACUGAAGCUCCUACGAUAACCACAACUGCAGCACCUACUACGACAAUGACAACCGAAGCUGCUACGACAACCACGACUUCAGCGCCUACGACAGCUACAACACCUACUACGACAGCUACAACACCUACUACGACAACCACAACACCUCCUACGACAACCACAACUGUACCUCCUACGACAACCCUCCUCACCUAUUACGACAAUUACAAUCGAAGCUCCUACGACAACCGCAAAUGCAGCACCAACUACAACUGCAGCACCUACUACGGCAACUACAUCUGCAGCACCUACUCUGACAAUUACAUCUGCAGCACUUACUAUGACAACCACAACUGCAGAUCCUACUACCACCACAACUGCAGCACCUACAGUGACAUCUGUAGCUCCUAUGACCACUACAACUGCAGCACCUACUUCAACAACCACUGCAUCACCUACAAGAACAUCUGUAUCUACUUUGACAAACACUGCAGCACCUGCUACAAUAACUACAACUGA